GGCUCUUCAAAAAGAUAAAGAAGACAAGAAGAUACAUACAUUUCCUUCUUGUGCCAGCUGAAGCCAAUUGAAAAAUAUCAAGGAUGCCAAAUUGGGGAGGUGGAGCCAAAUGUGGUGCGUGUGACAAAACAGUCUACCAUGCUGAGGAAAUUCAGUGUAAUGGGCGGAGUUUUCAUAAGACAUGUUUCCUAUGCAUGGGCUGCCGAAAAGCUCUGGACAGCACAACAGUAGCGGCUCAUGAAUCUGAAAUCUACUGCAAAACAUGUUAUGGGAGGAAAUAUGGCCCCAAAGGAAUUGGCUUUGGGCAAGGCGCCGGUUGUCUCAGUACGGACACAGGAGAACAUCUGGGGCUGGAUUUACAGCAGCACUCACCAAAGCCGGGUCGUCCGUCUACCCCUACCAACCCUUCAAAAUUUGCCACAAGGUUUGGAGAAGUAGAAAAAUGUCCUCGUUGUGGAAAGUCAGUGUAUGCUGCAGAGAAGAUAAUAGGAGGAGGAAAGCCUUGGCACAAGACUUGCUUCCGAUGUGCUUUUUGUGGAAAAAGUCUAGAAUCUACAAAUGUUACAGACAAAGAUGGGGAGAUUUAUUGUAAAGUUUGUUAUGCAAAGAAUUUUGGCCCUAAAGGAAUUGGAUUUGGCGGCCUCACUCAAGUUGAGAAGGUGGAAUAAGAUGCCAUGUUGAGAUCUCAUUUAGGCCUAUCUAAAUAAGUAACAAUAAAAAUUUAAUUUCUUGUUGUGGGAAAUCAUUUUUGAAAAAUAGCAUUUCAUUCCUGAGCAACAGAACUCCCCAACACUGAGAUGUGGACUGUUCAUAAAUAAUUUCUGAAUCAAAAUUCUGGUUAUUUUAUCAAGAUAAUUACACAGACAAUCCUGACACUGUUAUUUUUACACUUGUGCUAAUUAAGCAAAACUCAAAUCCUAUUCUUUAUCAUAGAAUAUAUGAAACAUCAACAAAGUGAAGAUGGAACAUGAAAUAUAGGCAUUUGGUUAUGAUUUGUCAGAAUGAUAACAUACUUUAAUAAGUCUACCUGCAAAUAUAAUCUCUAUAUUAUUUUUAAAAUUUAAUCCUCUCAAAAUUUUGAUAUCUUUGUUGGGAAAAACUGAUUGGUUAUUCCAUCUUUAAACAUAUUUUACUGAAGAGAGCAGUAAAUGUGCUGUGCUGCAUAAAAGAAGUGUAAUUAAAUUGUGAGCACUAAGAUAAACAUUUCAUUCAUCAUUUCUCAAAUUACUUUACACAGUAUGCUUUUUGUCAUUUCACUUAAACUUUGCACUUAUUCAAAAAUAUAGUUGUAAUCUGCAUUUAUCUGAGGUAAUUUUUAUUCUGUUCUACUCUGGCAUGAACUUCAGGAUGCACCAGAUUUGUACUGCAGGUCAAAUUUUCCAUAAAUGUGAUGUGCAAUAGUAAUGCCUAGCAAAAAGAUUCAUAGUCAAUCUUCUAUUUUCUGUUUUUACAUGCAUUAGGUAAUUUUUUUAAAAAAGCUGUCAUUACUGCAUAUAUUGUUCAAUGUCAGUGACUAUUAUAUUUUCCUUUAAAUAUUUAAAGCCAGUAAUAUACUGAAGUUUUAACUGAAAUGUGAGCAUACAUAUGUCAAAUCUAAACAGCCUUUAUGUAGGUUAGAGUUGUCCAGUACUUUGGAUUCAAUUUCCAAAAGGCUGCAAAGACGAGAGUGCCAACAUAACAACUGACUGCAGUACUUUAGAGCAGCUAUGUCUUUUUCCUAGAUCACUUUGGGGGAUUUGAUCUAAGCACUGCAUAGUCCUAAUACAUAGUUAUAUAUUAGCAGAGAAGUAUAAUAACUUCUUAUGAAUUAUAAAUUGGAUU